AUGACCACCCAAGGCCUUGUCCACCUGCCGAACGGCCAGAACCUUACGGCCGUUCCCGUGUUUGGCGGCCUGCAGUUCAAGGUUAACGACCUGAGCAGCCACAGCAACUCCCCCCUGCCUCCGGGAUGGACCGUCGUGCUCAACUCGCAGAUCGAUGAGCCCGAAGACGAAGAACCAGACCAGGAGAAAAAUGAGGAUAACGAUGAGGACGCCGAGGAGCCAAAGGCCAAGCGUGUGCGCCGCUACACGCGCCCGACGCUGCAGAACGACCAUCUGUACAUCUCUUCCAUCUCCAAUCCGAGCAGCACCGAGUUCAAGCCGGCCUCAUCCCCCACGCGCCAGAUCGCCAUGAUGUUGUGGGCGACGCUGUACUGGUACUUCCAUCAGCCCGAACCCGAGCCGCAGUUGACUACGGCCGCCUCUAAGAACACGGCCCAAUUAGGCAAGCCUAGGGGUGAUUGGCGAAUCAACAUCAACCGCGAAGGCAUCUUCAAGGGCCGCGUUGUGUUGCCCAAGCUCGAGCGCAUGGGCCUCAUCGCUAGUGAAGACUCCAGCGUGGGAAUCGUCCAGGAUGAGAAGUCUGGUGAAGGCUGGACGAACAUGUUCGUGAGCCGCCGCGCCUUCUGGCAGAUGGACCCGCGUCUCUAUCUCUUCACUCUCCCCGCCCUCUCCAUGUCUCCCCACGGCUCGGAAUCUCCCUUCAACUCCAGGCCGAACUCGCCGACCCCGGCCCCGGAGCACAAGAAGCGCGAAUCCGCAAGCAUCGACGGACUCCCGUCAGGCCUCUGGUCUCCUACCGCGCCGGGUCCUUUCCAUUCGAGCAGCCACCUUCCAACCUACUAUCCCCCGGGUCCCACUCAGUACAUCUUCUCGAACAACAUCCGGCACCCGCUGCGGCCGAAGCCCCCGCGCCAGGGCGAGACGUUUUACACGCGCUACAUCCCCAGCGUCGGGCAGUACCUCUCCUUCCGCGUGGCCUCGGCCUCUCCCAAGCCGCAGACGCACACGGGCCCCAUCUCGCACCGCAACAGCGUCUCCGGCGGCGCGCAGCCGAGCAUCGAGACGCUGGCGCUGGGCGACUCGGACACGGACCUGCUGCACCGCUGGAUGAACGACCCGCGCGUGUCGCACUUCUGGGGCGAGCAAGGGCCGCGCGCGCACCAGGAAGCCUUCCUCAAGACCGGCCUGCAGAGCCGCCACAGCUUCCCCGUCAUCGGCUGCUGGGACGGCAAGCCCUUCGGCUACUUUGAGAUCUACUGGGUCAAGGAGGACGGCCUGGGCAAGCACCUCGGCGGCGACGUCGCCAACUACGACCGCGGCCUGCACUGCCUCGUCGGCGAGCAGGAGUUCCGUGGCGCCCACCGCGUGCGCAUCUGGCUCAGCGCCCUCGUCCACUACUGCUUCCUGGCUGACAUGCGCACUGAGACGGUCAUGUUGGAGCCGCGUGUUGAUAACGAGAAGCUCCGCAAGUACCUCGAGGAAGUCGGCUUCUACAAGGAGCGCGAGGUCAGCUUCCCGCACAAGCAGUCGAACCUCAUGAAAAUCAGGCGUGAAGCAUGGAACGGUCCGGCGUUGUAA